AUGGUGUGCGAGCUUCAUAAGGCUAUUUAUGGUUUGAAACAAUCACCUAGGGCUUGGUAUGCUAAGCUUAGUUCCAUUUUGGAGGAAGUUGGUUUUCAGAGAAGCAAUGCAGAUUCUUCUUUGUUUGUUAGAAAUGGUGCAUCUAGGAAAUUGGUUGUACUCAUCUAUGUUGAUGAUUUGAUAAUCACAGGUGAUAAUGUGCAAGAGAUUGAAGUUCUGAAACAAGCUCUUCACAAAAAGUUUGCAAUUAAAGACCUUGGAAAAUUAAAAUAUUUUCUUGGGAUUGAGAUGGCUACUUCUAAAAAGGGUUUGUUUUUGAAUCAAAGAAAGUAUGUCCUGGAUCUUCUCAAAGAAGCUAAUAUGCUGGGGUGUACAUCAGCUCGUAGUCCCCUCGACAGAAAGUUCAAAUUGGAAGCAGAAGGUGAUCUACUUCAAAAUGUGAGCUACUACCAAAGGUUAGUUGGAAAGCUCAUCUAUCUCACCAUUACUAGACCUGACAUUUCUUAUAGUGUGAGUAUUAUAAGUCAGUCUAUGCAUGUUCCCACAAAGACACAUUUGAGCAUUGUGGAGCGAAUUAUUCGCUACUUAAAAGGGUUUGUUGGUAGAGGUUUGCUAUUUAAAAAUAAUGGAGGAACAUAUAUUGCUGGUUAUGUUGACGCAGACUGGGCUGGGAAUUCUCUAGAUAGAAAAAGCACUACUGGUUUUUGUACUCUAGUUGGUGGAAACAUGGUCACAUGA